UAUGGCGUUCGAUUCGAACGAAGAAGUAGAAGAAGUGAUUAGUAAUGGAGGAUAUUGUGGUGUAGAACUAACCAAAUCACAACCUGUGUUACAUUGACAGACUUGCAAUACUCGGAGGUCUUUUUUAUCAGGAUGGCUGCAGAUUCACUGCCUUCGAAUUGUGGGUCCAAAGCCAUCAUGACCUUCUAUCCUAGCAAAGAAGAGUUUAGAAACUUCAGUCAGUACAUCGCCUACAUGGAGUCCCAAGGGGCACACAGAGCUGGACUGGCCAAAGUAAUUCCGCCUAAAGAUUGGAUACCCCGGCAGUCUUAUGAUGAUAUUGAUGAUCUGUUGAUCCCAGCACCAAUUCAGCAGGUGGUCACAGGCCAGUCUGGUCUGUUUACCCAAUACAAUAUCCAGAAAAAGGCCAUGACUGUCAGAGAGUUUCGCAAGACUGCAAAUAGUGAGAGGUUCUGCAGCCCACACUAUGACAAUUUUGAAGAGUUGGAAAGAAAAUACUGGAAAAAUGUGACCUUCAACCCUCCCAUUUAUGGGGCAGAUGUGAAUGGAACACUGUAUGACCCAGCUGUUAAAGAGUGGAAUGUUGGCCGCCUUCAAACUAUCUUGGAUACAGUGGAGAGGGAGAGUGGGAUCACUAUUGAGGGAGUGAACACACCUUACCUGUACUUUGGCAUGUGGAAAACAACAUUUGCCUGGCACACUGAAGACAUGGACCUCUACAGCAUCAACUAUCUACACUUUGGAGAGCCUAAAUCCUGGUACUGUGUGCCCCCUGAGCAUGGCAAACGAUUGGAGCGUCUCGCCAAAGGGUUUUUUCCCGGAAGCUCACAGAACUGUGAAGCUUUUUUGAGACACAAGAUGACUCUCAUAUCUCCCUCAAUUCUACGGAAGUAUGGCAUUCCAUUUGAAAAAAUUACUCAGGAAGCGGGACAAUUUAUGGUCACAUUUCCAUACAGUUAUCAUGCAGGCUUCAACCAUGGAUUCAACUGUGCUGAAUCAACAAAUUUUGCUAUGCAGAGAUGGGUUGAUUAUGGAAAGCAAGCUACUAUGUGCUCAUGUAGGAAAGACAUGGUGAAGAUCUCCAUGGACGUCUUUGUUCAGACGUUUCAGCCAGAGCGUUAUAAGCUGUGGCUAGCAGGUAAAGACACUGCUGUCAUCGACCACUCCAAACCCACACCAGAGGCCGCAGAGUUUCUAGGCAGUGAUUAUACUCAGAGCUUAGAACACAACACAGCGGAACAUACAACAGAAGGACAGAUCAAAAGCCUGACCAAACAUAGGAUUGGGCUAAAGAGACAACACAUAGCUCUCGAGGUUCCGGAGGACAUGCUCUUCAAAGACACAUCUGAGGACGAUGAAGAAAAGGAGAAAUUCUAUCAACACUGGCCAACUCGGCCAGCAUCUUGUGGCAUCAGAGGUGCACUUGACUACCCAAGCUCCCCCAGCCAGCAGAAAUGGGAUGGGAAACAUGGAAUAGCUGAGCAUUUACCUCCACUGGACAGUCCACUGAAGAAGCUGGGACAGAGACAAUCCCCUGUAGGUGCCAUCCAGACAGCUUUGAAUAUUCCCUUGAUUAGAAGCAGCGGAGCUGGAGACCUAGAAACGGAUAAAGUGCUGCAUUCCCUCUCUGCCUUGCCAAGACCCGUCUCCAAACCCGGCGUGGCAAGUCUUCUCUUCCACAGAACCCUGAGCCCCAGUGAAGCCCUGCAGGUGCACAGCUAUUCUGUGCAGGCAGCCAAAUGCCAUCAGCACAACUCAAAGAAGACUCCAGUACCUGACUUAACAGCCUGUGUGAAGACUGAUGUCAGGCUGGAAGACAAGCCCAACCCAGGACCAGAGCAGUCUGGUUCAGGCACAGAACUAAAAGCAGACCCAGUGAAGCUGCAGUUUGAAGGCGUAGAGGAGAAGAAAACAAUUAAGAGCCAACGCCAGCCACUGAGCAAGCUUCCCCGGCAACAUCCUCUGAUGCAAGAGAACACCAACAAUUAUGACCCACUGGACGAGACGCCCAGUCAGGACGAUGAAAAAGACGACAGUGCACAAAAGGGUGAAAUAUGGGCUCAUCUCCUCACCAAACUGUGGCAGAACCAGCCCCCCAACAUAAAGGCAGAACAAUCAUACAAUCAACGCAUGGGCCAGCAGCCCCCAUACUGUGCAAUCUGCAUGCUCUUCCACACAUACAACCAGAGUGAAUUGACCAGCAGUGGCAUCAACAGAACUAGUAGCAGCAAGGCUUCAGGAGAGUGGAGGCAAUGCAGUCCGCCAUUGAUCCCUGAAAUGUGUUUCAACUCCAGUAGCAGUUCAGAGGGUCACCUCUCCACGCAAAACGUACAGGAGGAUGGAAGCAGCCGGCUGGUCAGCUGUGUGCAAUGUUGCGUGCGCGUCCACACCAGUUGCUAUGGUGUUUCCAAUGACACGCCUUUGGAUGGUUGGAGGUGCACACGUUGUGAAGCCAGCGCUAUUACUCAGGAUUGCUGUUUAUGUUCUUUACGAGGAGGAGCCCUGAAAAGAGCCAAUAACGACAAGUGGGUGCAUGUGUUGUGUGCUGUGGCCAUUCUGGAAGCCCGCUUUUUAAGCGUGGUAGACCGCAGUCCUGUCGACCUCAGCAAGAUCCCUUUACAGAGGUUUAAGCUUAAAUGUUACUACUGUAGAAAGUUCACCAAGAAGACGAUGGGCUGUUGUGUGCAGUGCUCACAUGGACGUUGCCCAACGGCCUUCCACCCAAGCUGUGCCCAAGCUGCAGGAGUCCUCAUGUAUCCUGAUGACUGGCCCUUCGUAGUGCACAUCACCUGUCAUCGUCAUAAGAGUAUUUCACUCCCAGAGCGAAACAAGGCAUCCAUGCAAGAUCUGGUGGAGGGCCAGCAAGUUAUCUGCAAACACAAGAAUGGACGCUAUUAUCAGGCUGAAGUAGUGGAGCUGACCAAGGCCACCUUCUAUGAAGUGGCCUUUGAUGAUGGCUCAUUUAGUGAUAAUCUCUUCCCUGAAGACAUCACGAACCGGGACUGUAUAGAGCUUGGCCCACCACCAGAGGGCACUGUGGUGCAGGUGCGGUGGACAGACGGACUGGUAUAUGGAGCCAAAUUUGUAGCAGAACACGUGAUCCCAAUGUACUUGGUGGAGUUUGAGGAUGGCUCACAACUCAGUGCGAAGAGAGAGGAUGUCUAUAGUCUCAAUGAAGAUCUACCAAAGCGUGUCAAGACACGACUGUCGAUAGCUUCAGACAUGCGCUUCAAAGGUGUCUUUGUAGAGAAGGAGGUCAACAAGGAAUCCAAGAGACAGCGAGUCAUCAAUUCACGCUAUAGAGAAGACUACAUUGAGCCGGUUGUUUAUCGAGCUCUUAUGGAUUAGACUUCCUCCAUGUCAUCUCACAAAUUUACCCAACACUGAUAGCUCUUUGCAGGCUUGGAUAGACAAUGAGAAGUGUAUUGCAUCUCAAUAUCUCUACCAAGGAUGCACAUAUAUACAAACAUGUUAUUAACUGUCCUGUGGUUUUCAGAGACAUUUAUAUAUUUAUUUGGAAAUCCUUUUCUUUAGUUCUUAACAUUAUUUUGAUGAUGAAUUGAACCAUUUUGGGGAAACACUGAAGAUAUGAAUUCUGUUAUUGAGCAACAUGCACUUGUACAUACCCAGAUUUUUACAAUUUCAACACUGUAUUUUUGAUGUCAUAUGUCCCCAGAUUCAGCAAUCCUUGACAUUCAUAGCCAGUUAAAAUCUGAACACCAAUUACUUUUUGUCACCAUGUACGUAAACCAUAGGGCUAUCAUAAAUUAAAUAAAUCAGUUUCAUUGUU